GCAUCAUCAGCAUGUAGACCCCUCAUCUCUCCUUCACCCAUCAGGGGCUUCUUGUACCCACUCUACCAAUCAGCACCAAAAAUUAAAGCAACGAUGUGACCUCAACGCCUCUCUUUUACGUUCCCGAUAGCACAACACGCCGUUUUUAAGCGAUUAAUUAAUGCGGACAUGGGACAAUCUCAUCUGCAUCAUUCAGGUUUUCUUCCGAAUAAGAUGAAGUCCUCAACAGCGUCUGCUGGGUUCUGUUCCCUGCAUUUUAUUUCUCUAUUCUGCACUGUUGCGCAUCAUCUGCAUUUGCAAUAGCGUCAAAUGAUGUGACUUUCAUUUGUUUUUUUUUUCAUUUCCAUGAUGGGUAUGAUUUUGGGAUAGUACACCAUUGGAUAUCUUUCUGUUUAUCCUUCCUUUUUUCGACUCAAAUGUCCUUGGAGCAUGGCCUGCGUGGUUCUUGACCGAUGCUUUUCCUGUGUCGCUAGUUCCCUUUUAAUGUUUAUUAAUCACUAGUUCUUGCUUCAUUUAGUUUACAUAGAGAUGGAUUGGCACAAUGGCUACAACUUUAUUUGUUGACUUUUUCUUUAUGGGGGAAUAUUUAAGGCAAGCCCUAAUCGCCACACCUUAGAAUAAGAAACAUCGAACAAUCUGACAAUUCACAUCUCAAUAUGGAGAAAUAUGCACAGAGCAUCUUAAAAAGAGUCGAGGAACAUAAAUAGGACAAAAGAAGAGAGCUUUUUCUCAAUCACUCAUCUCAUAGCAUCUGCUGAAAAGCUGCCAUUCUUCUAGAACCAACUCAUAUAAUGGGGGAUUUGGGCAAUAGCACCGUAGAGUUUCAACCUAAGAAGCCAGGGAUGGAUGGAGGAGGCCAUGAGGGGGAUUUCGGGGUGUCGUUGGAUGACUUGUGCUCGCUUAUGGAGCUCAGAGGACCAGAGGCACUUCAGAAGAUCCAGGAGAGGUACUCAGAUACUGAAGGCCUUUGUCACAGACUCAAGACUUCACCUGCAGAUGGACUGUCCGACAACCCUGCAGACCUGGAGAAACGUCGGCAGGUGUUUGGACAGAACUUCAUUCCUCCCAAGAAGCCAAAGACCUUCCUUCAGCUUGUGUGGGAGGCUCUACAGGAUGUUACCCUCAUAAUCCUGGAAAUAGCAGCCAUUAUUUCCCUUGGACUGUCCUUUUACCAGCCACCAGGAGGGGACAUUGAAGCAUGUGGUAAUGUGAGUGCAGGUGCAGAGGACGAGGGAGAGGCGGAGGCGGGUUGGAUCGAGGGUGCAGCUAUCCUGCUCUCGGUCAUCUGCGUGGUGCUUGUGACUGCGUUUAAUGACUGGAGUAAAGAAAAGCAGUUCCGUGGCUUGCAGAGCCGUAUCGAGCAGGAGCAGCGCUUCGCUGUGGUGCGGAACGGCACAGUUAUCCAAAUCCCCGUGGCUGAGAUGGUGGUGGGGGAUGUUGCCCAGGUCAAAUAUGGCGACCUCCUGCCUGCGGAUGGUGUUCUUAUCCAAGGGAACGACCUGAAGAUCGAUGAGAGCUCCCUCACCGGAGAGUCUGAUCACGUAGGCAAAUCCGCCGACAAGGAUCCCAUGCUGCUGUCAGGUACUCAUGUAAUGGAGGGGUCAGGAAAAAUGGUGGUGAUCGCCGUCGGUGUCAACUCCCAAACUGGAAUCAUCUUCACCCUUCUGGGGGCCGGAGAGAUCGAGGAAGAGAAGAAAGACACCAAGAAAGGUAAACAAGAUGGCACCUUGGAGAACAAUCAAAAUAAAGCCAAGAAACAGGAUGAGGCUGUUGCCAUGGAGAUGCAGCCUCUGAAGAGUGCGGAAGGAGGAGAAGUGGAGGAGAAGGAAAAGAAGAAAACCAGUGUGCCCAAGAAGGAGAAGUCAGUUCUUCAGGGCAAACUCACCAACCUGGCAGUGCAAAUUGGGAAAGCAGGUCUGGUGAUGUCUGCCGUCACUGUGAUUAUACUGAUGCUAUACUUUGUGAUUGAGACAUUCGUCAUUCAAGGGCGGGAGUGGCUGACGGAAUGUACACCUAUAUAUGUGCAGUACUUUAUGAAGUUCUUCAUCAUCGGAGUCACAGUUCUGGUGGUAGCUGUGCCGGAGGGUUUGCCUCUGGCUGUCACCAUAUCUCUGGCCUACUCUGUAAAGAAAAUGAUGAAGGACAAUAACCUAGUGCGUCAUUUAGAUGCCUGUGAAACUAUGGGCAAUGCCACAGCUAUCUGCUCAGAUAAGACAGGCACCCUCACCACUAACCGGAUGACGGUGGUGCAGAUUUUCGUGGAGGACCAGCACUUCCAGGACGUCCCAACACCAGACCAGAUUAACCGCAAGACACUGGAGCUCAUCAGCACUGCUAUUGCUGUUAACUGCGCCUACACCUCCAAGAUCAUUGCUGCAGAUAAGGAAGGCGGGCUGCCCAAACAGGUGGGUAAUAAGACAGAGUGUUCGCUUCUUGGUCUGGUGCUGGACCUUAAGCAGGACUACCAGGCUGUGAGAGAGCAGAUCCCUGAAGAGAAGCUCUAUAAAGUCUACACCUUUAAUUCUGUCAGAAAAUCCAUGAGCACAGUCAUUCAGCUGCCUGACGGAAGCUUCCGCUUAUACAGCAAAGGUGCCUCUGAGAUCCUGCUCAAAAAAUGCUCGUUUAUCCUGGCCCGUGAUGGUGAGUCUCGUGCAUUCAAGCCACGGGACAGGGAUGAGAUGGUGAAAAAUGUGAUUGAGCCGAUGGCAUGUGAUGGCCUCCGUACGAUCUGUAUUGCCUAUCGGGAGCUUCCAGCUGACCCCAUGCCAGACUGGGAAAACGAGACAGACAUUGUCUCCAACCUUAUCUGCAUCAGCGUGGUUGGCAUCGAAGACCCUGUGCGACCUGAGGUCCCAGAUGCCAUCAAGAAGUGUCAGCAAGCAGGCAUCACUGUGCGCAUGGUGACGGGUGACAACAUCAACACUGCACGUGCCAUUGCUGCCAAGUGUGGCAUCAUCCAUCCUGGCGAUGACUUCCUGUGUAUGGAGGGCAAGGACUUCAACAUUCGAAUCAGAAAUGAGAAAGGAGAGGUUGAGCAGGAGCGCAUUGACAAAAUUUGGCCUAAACUCAGAGUUCUGGCUCGAUCUUCCCCUACAGACAAACACACCCUAGUCAAAGGUAUCAUAGACAGCACCGUUUUGGAGCAAAGACAGGUGGUUGCAGUCACAGGUGACGGCACAAACGAUGGACCUGCCCUGAAAAAAGCUGAUGUGGGCUUUGCCAUGGGAAUUGCUGGUACAGACGUGGCCAAAGAGGCGUCUGACAUAAUUUUGACAGAUGAUAACUUCUCCAGCAUAGUGAAGGCCGUGAUGUGGGGGCGAAACGUGUAUGAUAGCAUUUCCAAGUUCCUUCAGUUUCAGCUCACUGUGAAUGUAGUGGCUGUCAUAGUAGCUUUCACUGGUGCCUGCAUCACGCAGGAUUCACCCCUCAAGGCUGUGCAGAUGUUGUGGGUCAAUCUUAUCAUGGACACUUUCGCUUCACUGGCUCUUGCCACGGAGCCGCCCACUGAAGCCCUGCUCCUGAGGAAACCCUACGGUCGAAACAACCCCCUCAUUUCCAGAACCAUGAUGAAGAACAUCCUCGGACAUGCAGUCUACCAGCUCAUUAUCAUCUUCACUCUGCUCUUUGUGGGUGAGAAGAUCUUUGACAUAGAUAGUGGGCGUAACGCUCCACUUCACUCUCCUCCCUCUGAGCAUUACACCAUCAUCUUCAACAUCUUCGUCCUCAUGCAGCUCUUUAACGAGAUCAACGCCCGUAAAAUCCACGGAGAGAGGAACGUGUUCGAUGGGAUCUUCUCAAAUCCCAUCUUCUGUUCAAUCGUGCUAGGGACCUUUGCAAUACAGAUUGUCAUCAUACAGUUUGGUGGGAAACCUUUCAGCUGUUCCCCCUUAAAUGUAGAGCAGUGGCUUUGGUGCCUGUUUGUGGGAUUGGGAGAGCUGCUCUGGGGACAGGUGAUAGCAUCAGUGCCAGCAAAUCAGUUGAAGUGUCUGAAGGAAGCGGGCCAUGGGCCGGCUCCAGAUGAGAUGAUGGACGAAGAUCUCGCUGAAGAUGAGGAGGAGAUUGAUUGUGCCGAGAGAGAACUGAGACGAGGACAGAUCCUGUGGUUCAGGGGACUCAACCGAAUCCAGACUCAGAUGGAGGUAGUGAGUACCUUCAAGAGAAGUGGUUCGUUUCAGGGUGCAGUGCGACGUCGCUCCUCAGUGCUCAGCCAACUCCAUGACAUCCGGGUGGUGAAAGCUUUCCGUAGCUCCCUCUACGACGGCAUCGAGCGGCCGGAAUCGCGGAACUCCAUUCAUGACUUCCAGGUGCACCCUGAGUUCAUCAUCACAGACUCUGUCCACAACAUCCCCCUGAUUGAUGAGACGGAUGUGGACGACGAAUCGGAGCGCUCCAACCAUAACCAUGUGCGUGUGGCGCUUCGUCACCCCGCCCCUCUCUCUCAGUCGCCUCCGAGACCCCCGCGAUCCCGUUACCCGACCCGUCCGCUGCGGCAGCAGAGUCUGCCUGUGACCCUCAACUGCAACAACAAUGCCACAGAGAGCCGCGUCUUCCUCGGCUCCAACGACAACGGGGUGGCGCACAUCUCCACCUGCCCCGCUAGCCCUCUGCACAGCUUGGAGACAUGCCUCUAAUGGAGGUUGUGACUGCCAGCUAAUAAAUCCUAGUUUGAGAUGGACAAGAAGGGAUCAGUUUUAGGGAAAAAUGAUGAUAAAUGCAUUAUGGACUGGCAGAGAAACGUUUAGGAUGUUUCUGUAGGCUACCUAAUCUGUGUUCCUGUAACUAUAAUUUUGAACCAGAUCCACUGCUUCAAAAUAUUUCAGUGGUUCUUUACAGUAGCUAUAUUGUGUAACCCAAAGACAAUCCCACUCUGCAUGAAAGUUCUCUUAUGUUGCACUUGUAGAAAUACCUGAAACGGCAAAGUGGAAGAUACGUGUGGACUCUGCACUGAAGACUAGAGAUUUUGAAGACUGUGAGCCUAAUGAAAUUGUAAAAAAAGGAAAUAUUUAUUUCAGGCGAAUAAUUAUCUAUUUAAUAACAUUAUUGUUCCAAUUAUUUAAGUGGUUAUAUUUCUGCUAAAACUAUGACAAUUAAUACUACAGUUAGGCUACUGUAAUCCAGUCAUGAUACUUCAUUGUUUAGCUUUAUAUAACUAAGUAUGUUUGUAUGUAUGACGUAAGUCUGUACGUAUGUAUGUGUAUUUGUUUGUUUGCUGUUGUUAAAAUCCGUGUCUAUGUUCUCAUUGGUUCCACAUGUGCCCCGUUCUCUGUUUCUGUGUUAGAGUGUGAUGUGCACGUCCAAUUAAAGGAGAAAACGAAAAGAUUAUAUUAAGGAACAUAUAUCAGCAACAUAAAUAAAAUAAAAUCGAACCAUUACUUUAUUUCGUCAAUGCAACACAAAAGAUGGUACGCAAAAUAGUUAGCACCAUUCACUGUUUAGACAAGAAAAGAUGCAAUGAAAGUGAAGGGCGAUUGAGACUGUCAGUCCCUAACAUUCUGCCUAACAUCUCUCUAUUUGUGUUAUACAGAAGAAAGAAAGCCAUAUGGGUUUUGAUUAACAUGAAGGUGAGUAAAUGACAGAAUUUCCAUUUUUGGGCGAACUAAUGGGCUUUAAAAAGCGUCUCACCGGUUUCUGAAAAGCACAAAUUCACAGUUCAAAAAGGGAAGAAAUUCUCACAUUUUUCUUCUUGGAAGACUCUCCCCUAGAGUUUCAAAAGAGAAAAUUGUUCUCAUGUUUGUCAAGAUACCAACGUCUGUAAACAAAAAUCAGAUAUAUGAACUCAAACAUCUGUCAACAAAUUUUUCAUUAUUAUCCCAAGCUUUAAAAUAGCACUUCUGAGCAAUAACAUUGUUUCCUCUGGGAUUUACAAGAUUAAAAAAUAUAUAUUUUGCAGAAUAUAAAUAACGAGAAUAUAGUAUAUAUUGUAAUUAUGAAAAUAAAAAGUAAUAAACUUUAAUAUAUAAUCAGUUAAAUUAUAAUCAGUUCCAUAUGUGCAAGUUCUUGCACUUGCUCAGACACAAGCUCAGUAUCAUCCUGUCAAUGAAGCAGAUCAAGCCUUCAAAGAAGAGUCAUAUAUGUUAAAAUAUCAGAAUGUGUCAACAAACAAACUGAUUACCAAUUACUUUUGGGGAAAUGUAAUUAGAUUACUUUAGGGAAAUUGUAAUUAGAUUACUAAUUUCAUUUGGAAAGUAAUUCUAUAACUAAUUACUUUACUUUGAAGGUACUUUCUAAAAACAAUCAAACCUAUGGAAAAACAAAAAUGUGACUAAUAACUCUUUUAGUACUUUAAUAUUUACUUAAAUAUUAACCAAAUUACAGCAAUAUGACAAAGACAGCAACUUGGCUAAAGAGAUCCAAUGAAUUUCUAAAAAUGCCACAACUUCAUUAUCUCAAAUAUUCUGUAGUAGCUAGUAUCUUCAGGUGUGUGUGUGUGUGUGUGUGUCCGCUAUCUACAGUCUUCUUAGCUGUGUGGCAUGUGAACAGUAUGCUUGUUUACCUGUGUUUGUGUGAAAGAUAGAAAAAGAAUACUAGUGAACUGAAAACAUUUCUGAAAACACAUUUGCAGACAGCUUUGAUAUUAAAACCAUUGUGUAUUUGAAUGCUUGUUGUUUCUUUUCGGUGUGAAUAUACAGGUUUGCUUGUGUGUUGUCUCGUGCAUGUCUGUGUGCAUGUACACAUUUUGGAUUAUUUCCACCUUGUGAGCGGUAUAUCCCUCCGACAGACGGGAACAAGCGCUGUUUUCCAUAUAGAGUACACCCGAAACCUCCAGUGGCAGCUGCAGA